AUGUCAGAGCAGGGCAUAAAAGACCCUUUUCAGAAAUCAGUAAUGAGACUAUAUGGAAGCUGUGGCCUUGAAAAUAUACACUUAAGAAGUGACUGGGAGUGUGUGGAUGAGUGUACGAAGCAGAAAGUAUGUUCUGAUGGUCUUACACAUAGUUUGUCAACUUGCCAUAGAAAUAUCUUCAAAUGUUACAAAUGUAUAAAAGUCUUUAGCAAAUCAUCAAAUCUAAAUAGACACAAGACAAGACAUACUGGAGAGAAAAGUUUCAAUCUUAAUGAAUGUGGCAAAACUUUUCAUCACAGCUCUAAUGUUUCUGGACAUAGGAAAAUUCAUACCAGAGAGAAAUCCAACAAGUGUGAAGAAUGUGGAAAAUCCUUUAACCGUUGCUCAAAACUUAUUAUACAUAGGAGAAUUCACACUGGAGAGAAGCCCUACAAAUGUGAAGAAUGUGGCAAAGCCUUUAACCAGUCAUCAACCCUUACUCAACAUAAAAGGAUCCAUACUGGAGAGAAACCCUACAAAUGUGAUGAAUGUGGCAAAGCCUUUACCUGGUGUUCAAAACUUAGCCUACAUAAAAGAAUUCAUAUGGGAAUGAAACCAUACAAAUGUGAAGAAUGUGGCAAAGCCUUUACCCAUUCCUCAACACUUAUGCAACAUAAAACAAUUCAUAAUGGAGAGAAACCCUACAAAUGUGAAGAAUGUGGCAAAGCCUUUAACCAGUGCUCAACCCUUAUGCAACAUAAAACAAUUCAUACUGGAGAGAAACCCUACAAAUGUGAAGAAUGUGGCAAAGCCUUUAACUGGUGCACAAGCCUUACUCUACAUAAAAGGAUUCAUUCUGGAGAGAAACCCUACAAAUGUGAAGAAUGUGGCAAAGCCUUUACCCAGUGCACACACCUUACUCAACAUAAAAGAAUUCAUACUGGAGAGAAACCCUACAAGUGUGAGGAAUGUGGCAAAGCCUUUACCCUGGGCUCAACUCUCAUGGAACAUAAAAGAAUUCAUACAGGAGAGAAACCCUACAAAUGUGACGAAUGUUGCAAAGCCUCUACUCGGUGCACACACCUUACUCAACAUAAGAGAAUUCAUACUGGAGAGAAACCGUACAAAUGUGAGGAAUGUGGCAAAGCGUUUACCCAGUCCUCAGCCCUUACUCAACAGGACACACUAAAAAUUCACGUACUAGAGAAACAACCCAUAACAAUGUUAGAAUGUGGCAAGCCUUUUACUGGCUCAGUAGACCUUCACUCUACAUAA